UGAGACCCAAAUGCGUUUUGUGUAACUUUAUAUCUUAUCACUAGACUUUCGAGAAGACCGACGCAUGUAAUAUGACACUUACAUGCCGCCAUAUUUAGGAAAAACGAUUUUUCAACACUUCAGGCUUUUUCGACAAUUUUGUACAAAAUCGACAAUGUCAGAGGAUAUGUUUUUAUUCUGGGGAUCUGGGAGCGUUCCCUGCUGGAAAGCAAUGCUUGCUCUCGAAGAAAAGGGCUUCAGUGGAUACAAAAACAAGAUGAUCUCCUUCGACAAAAACGAACAGAAAGGACCAGACGUCCUCAAAUUUAACCCCAGAGGAGAGGUACCAACAUUUACACAUGGAACAAUCGUAGUGAACGAGUCCAAUGCCAUCUGCGAAUAUCUGGAGAGUACUUUUAAAGAUUAUGGAACUCAACUCAUUCCAUCUGAUCCAAAGCAGAGGGCACUUGUUCUUCAGAGAAUGCAUGAGGCGGUUGCUAACCUAAUGCAGAAGAUGUUGCUUGAUUUUUUGUAUGAAUUUUUUGAGACUAAGGAAGAAGACAUGGACCCGGAAGCAUUGACCAAAAAGACAAAGACAUUGAAAGAAGAGCUAGAAAUAUGGGAUGGUUAUUUAGGAAAGACAGGCGCCUUCUUAGCCGGACCUGACUUUUCCAUGGCGGACGUGUAUUUCUUCCCUUUCAUUGCGUUUGGUGUACGACUGGGCUUGAAUCUGGAUAAAUUUCCAAAUAUAAAAGCUUACUAUGAGAGCGCCUGCGCAAGACCCAGCAUCAAAACAACGUGGCCCCCUCACUGGAAGGAAAGCAAACCUUCCAUGACUCCUUUGGCAGGGCGCUUAUAAGAAGA